UCCUCUGAUGCGUUUGAGCAACAGCCGUGCAGGUCACUUCCUGAAACCUAUUUUUUAAGCUGAUGCAUUUUGUCAGAGUGGCUGUGGAAGCGUAGAGCAGCUGUGUGCAGACAGGAAGGAGACCGAUCUGACAGGUUUGCCUUUUCUCCUGCAACACUUCACAUGUAACAAUCCAGAGAGGAGGUGACUCUAUACAACCCGGCAACUGGUCAGCAGAGGACAACAUGAGGAGAAGAGACACACCGCUUUGUAAGCAGCAGUCCAUCCCUUGUUUCUUGAAAGAGAUGCCACGGCAGUUCCCAACAAUAUCGUUGACAGAGGCUGAUGAGAAAGUUUGUCUGAUAGCUGAGAAGGUAUAUGCCUCAGCCCUGAAGGAGGAAGACACAAAAGAUGCUUUGGCGAUGUUCAGUGUGCCGGAAGACUGUCCCAUCGGUCUGCAUGAGGACAGGGAGCGGGCCCUGCAAAGGGAGCUGGCUGAGGAGUUCUCUGAGGAGUCUGCUAAGAGGAAGAGGAGUUUUAGGAUGAAGCGGUCACAGACGAUCUGUUUGCAGUUACAAGACAUUGUAGAUGGAGCGCCUUCUGCAGUUUCAUCAAUCAACUUGCCAUCCACACCAGAACCCUUUUCUGCACUUCCAGACAACAUUCCAGAGUUCCAGAGAGUUACUAUUAGUGGAGAUUAUUGUACAGGGAUCACAGUUGACGAUCAUGAAGCGACUGCUGAGAGUCUUCUGAAAGCUCUGUUCAUUAGAGAAACAUAUUCCAAACUGGCCUAUCACCGAUUUCCGAGGACCACUGCCCGGUUCCUCUGCAGUGCCAGAAAUGUAGAAUGGAGGGAGGAGGAUGAGAUCUUGCCAGAGAUUUUUCCUUGUCCUCGGGAAGGGGAGAAUCCAUAUUCUAUGGAAGGAAUUCCUGAAGACCUGAACUAUGAGCUGCAGAUGAAGAAUGGGAUUGUCCAUGUUUAUGACAAUAUCUCAGCACUGAAACAACAGCAGCCCCACAACGUGCCGUACCCUGACCUCGAGACCUUUGCCAUAGACAUGAGCCACGUGCUUGCUAUGAUAGCCCACGGGCCAACGAAAAGCUACUGCCACAGACGUCUAAAUUUCUUGGCCUCAAAGUUUGAACUUCACGAGAUGCUGAAUGAAAUGGCAGAGCUCAAAGAGCUCAAAUGUGUCCCGCACAGAGACUUUUACAACGUCAGAAAGGUGGACACACACAUCCAUGCCGCCGCCUGCAUGAACCAUAAGCAUCUACUGAAGUUCAUCAAGACCACGUACCAGACAGAGGCAGAUCGCGUGGUGCUGGAGAAGGGCGGUCAGAAGUUGACCCUCAAACAGGUUUUUGAGAACCUCCAGAAGGACCCCUACGACCUCACUGUGGACUCACUGGAUGUGCACGCUGGAAGACAAACAUUUCAUCGUUUUGACAAGUUCAACUCCAAAUACAAUCCUGUGGGAGCCAGUGAACUCAGAGAAAUCUACUUGAAAACAGACAACUACAUCAAAGGCGAAUACUUUGCACGCCUCAUCAAGGAAGUGGCUCAUGAGCUGGAGGAGAGUAAGUACCAGUAUACUGAGCCUCGUCUGUCAAUCUAUGGCCGCUCUCCCAGCGAGUGGGAAAGUCUCGCGACCUGGUUUAUCGAACAACAGGUCCACUCACCCAACAUGAGAUGGAUAAUUCAAAUUCCCAGAAUCUAUGACAUUUUCAAAUUGAAGAAAAUACUACCAAACUUUGAUAAGAUGCUGGAGAACAUUUUCCUGCCCCUCUUUGAGGCUACAGUCAACCCGCAAAAAAACAAAGCAAUACAUGUGUUCUUAAAAUAUGUGACAGGUUUUGACAGCGUGGAUGAUGAAUCCAAACACAGCAACCACAUGUUCUCUUACAAAAGCCCCAAACCUGAUGGGUGGACAUCAGACGAGAACCCUCCCUACAGCUAUUAUCUUUUCUACAUGUAUGCCAACAUCAUGGUGCUCAACAACCUUCGAAAGGAGCGAGGAUUUAACACUUUCCAGUUCCGUCCUCACUGUGGUGAAGCCGGCUCCAUCACCCACCUGGUCUCUGCUUUCCUCACAGCAGACAACAUCUCUCAUGGCCUCAAUCUCAAGAAGAGUCCAGUGUUGCAGUACUUGUACUACCUGGCACAGGUCCCCAUCGCCAUGUCCCCACUGAGCAACAACAGCCUGUUCCUGGAGUACUCCAAAAACCCACUGCGGGAGUUUCUCCAUAAAGGCCUGUGUGUGUCUCUCUCCACUGAUGAUCCCAUGCAGUUCCACUACACCAAGGAAGCUUUAAUGGAGGAAUAUGCAAUUGCAGCCCAGUUAUGGAAGCUGAGCACGUGUGAUCUGUGUGAGAUCGCCAGGAACAGCGUGCUGCAGAGCGGACUCUCACACCAGGAGAAGAAACACUUCAUUGGUUCCAAUUACCUGCAGGAUGGCCCAGAAGGCAACGACAUCAGCAGGACGAAUGUAGCACAAAUCCGUAUAGCUUUCCGCCACGAGGCGCUGUGCAAUGAGCUCAGCUUUCUCGUGGAUGCGAUGAAGACAGACGUUAGCACCGCUGAAUAGGAGUGAUGCAAGUUUUCUCA